UACCCUAGUGGGUGAAGAGAAAUAAAAAUUAGCAUGUUUAUCCCACUUUUAAAUUCGUUUAAUGAGAACUCAUUUACCCUCUUCCAAUUUAAAUUCGUAAUGACACCAUAACCUUUCGGAGCUGAUUAUUAACCACGUCUUCCCAGAUCUUUCUGCUAAAGAGGCUUUCCCUCCAAGUGCUCCUGAGCCCUCUUGGAACUUGACAAUUUGUCAGGCAGUCAACAACAUCUGGUGAUCCCACAUUGCUGCAAGACCGGGUGCGGAAUCAAGUCCCCUCUCUUUGGUGGCGACUUCAGUUCCAUUCAUUUCCCUUCCAGACGUUUGCUGUUUCACUUCCUGAUGACCCUUGCCUGUGUCCCAUCUCCCACCCGGGCGCAGACAGGGACUCACGAGUUCUCUGCUCUCUCUUCCUGUCUCCAGGGGUCGCUGAACUAACUUCCAAGCUGGUGUGCGGGGUGGCAGAGCAGUGGCCGCCCAGGACCUGGAGUCACCAUGGCGGCCGGAGUCGCAGCCUGGCUGCCCUUCGCGCGGGCUGCGGCCAUCGGGUGGAUGCCGGUGGCCAACUGCCCCAUGCCCCUAGCCCCGGCCGACAAGAACAAGCGGCAAGAUGAACUGAUCGUCCUCAAUGUGAGCGGGCGGAGGUUCCAGACGUGGCGGACCACGCUGGAGCGCUACCCGGACACACUGCUGGGCAGCACGGAGAAGGAGUUCUUCUUCAACGAGGACACCAAGGAGUACUUCUUCGACCGGGACCCGGAAGUGUUCCGCUGCGUCCUCAACUUCUACCGCACUGGCAAACUGCACUACCCGCGCUACGAGUGCAUCUCCGCCUACGACGACGAGCUGGCUUUCUACGGCAUUCUGCCGGAGAUCAUCGGUGACUGCUGCUACGAGGAGUACAAGGACCGCAAGAGGGAGAACGCCGAGCGGCUCAUGGACGACAACGACUCGGAGAACAACCAGGAGUCCAUGCCCUCGCUCAGCUUCCGCCAGACCAUGUGGCGGGCCUUCGAGAACCCGCACACCAGCACGCUGGCCUUGGUCUUCUACUACGUGACUGGCUUCUUCAUCGCCGUCUCGGUCAUCACCAACGUGGUGGAGACGGUGCCGUGCGGCACGGUGCCCGGGAGCAAGGAGCUGCCGUGUGGCGAGCGCUACUCGGUGGCCUUCUUUUGCCUGGACACAGCCUGCGUCAUGAUCUUCACGGUGGAGUACCUCCUCCGGCUUUUCGCGGCGCCCAGCCGCUACCGCUUCAUCCGCAGCGUGAUGAGUAUCAUCGACGUUGUGGCCAUCAUGCCCUAUUACAUCGGCCUGGUCAUGACCAACAACGAGGACGUGUCGGGCGCCUUCGUCACGCUCCGGGUCUUCCGCGUCUUCAGGAUCUUCAAGUUCUCGCGCCACUCCCAGGGCCUGCGGAUCCUGGGCUACACCCUGAAGAGCUGUGCCUCGGAGCUCGGCUUCCUCCUCUUCUCCCUCACCAUGGCCAUCAUCAUCUUUGCCACUGUGAUGUUUUACGCCGAGAAGGGCUCCUCCGCCAGCAAGUUCACAAGCAUCCCCGCCUCGUUUUGGUACACCAUCGUCACCAUGACAACACUGGGGGUCCCCUCUCCAGUUGAGAUCGCCGAAAUAUAUUUAUG